UUUCCACCUCCCACACCAUCUCUUCUUUCUCUUUUCCUCCUUCAUAGUUAGAAAUAUCCUCGACGGAAUCUCUCUUUAAUUUUCAUUUUCUCAAUUCUUGUUUGUUAAUCAUGGGUUCCCCAUUCGACAUCAAUGGCGGUGCUUGUGUCGCCAUGGUGGGCAAGGACUGCGUCGCAAUCGCCUGUGAUCUCCGACUCGGUAUGCAGGCCCUGACCGUCUCAAACAACUUCCCCAAGAUCUUCAACUACGCCCCCGGAACAUACCUUGGCCUCACUGGUCUGGCUACGGAUGUUUCAACUGUCUCAGAUCUCUUCCGGUAUAAAGUGAACAUGUACCGCCUCCGCGAAGAACGACACAUCGCACCCCAGACGCUCGCCAACCUGGUUAGCUCUUCACUUUACGAGAAACGAUUUGGUCCUUUCUUCGUCAGCCCCGUUAUUGCCGGCGUGAACAACACGACAGGGAAACCUUUCAUUUGUGGAUUCGACAGUAUCGGGUGUAUUGAUUUCGCUAAGGACUUUAUUGUGAGCGGAACUGCGAGCGAACAGUUGUUUGGUACCUGUGAGGGUCUGUGGGAGCCGGAUCUAUCCCCCGAAGACCUCUUCGAAACCAUCUCGCAGGCCCUCCUCAGUGCUGUCGAUAGGGAUGCCCUUUCCGGUUGGGGUGCCCAGGUGUACAUCAUAGAGAAAGACAAGGUUACCCAGCGGCUAUUGAAGGGACGACAAGAUUAGAUGGCAUGGCACUCUUCG